AUGGAGAAAGUCCCACUAGAUGGAAAACGUCAGUUUGACGAUAUCUGGGAUGAACUGCCUCAUGGAGGAAGAUAUCAAAUCAAGCUCGUUGUUUUCUCCAGUUAUAUGACUCUCAUCAUGGGUCUAUCUGCGAUGUAUCCGGUCUUCGCACAGUACUCGCCGAAACAUCACUGUCGAACAAGCCUGGAUGACCUCACCUUUCUUUCUCUUGACCAAAUUCACGAUCUUAGCACAAAAUUACAAGGAAACUGUGCUUCAACAACAAAAUCAGGAUGUGAAAAAUGCUCUUACCCGGAAGAAAUUGUCAGUUCCUGCAUAAAUCAGACCUCAACUACUUCAUUCUCGAACUCGACCUCAGAUGAUAUAUUCAAUUGCUUGACUUCCAACAAAAUCAACGGCUCAUUGGAAACAUGCGGUGCUGAUGGCAACGUGUUUCUUCAACAUGGAUUGAACGCUUCUUCAGACUCGUGGGAAUCAGCCGUCACCCAAUUCGACCUUGUCUGUGAGAAAGAAAUUCUGAACACCUACAUGAUCUCAGCGGGUUCUGUUGGAUUCUUUAUCGGCUCCCUUCUUGCCGGGGUUCACUGCGACACAUUUGGACGAAAAAAUGCAAUCAUGGUGCACACUUUGACGACCACAUUUUCUUUCGCUGCACAAGCGCUCAUUGUGAAUCAAUACGCCUUUCUGGUGCUGAGAACUCUAGCUGCAACCUUUAGCGUUAUUGGGUUCCUUUCCGCUCUCACAUAUGGCGUCGAAAUCUUGGGCCCCAGCCGGCGCAGUUUACCGAGUACGAUCCUGUGCUUCAUGUUCGCAGGCGGUUGCGCUGGCAUCUCCGUCAUAUCGUUCUAUCUACCAGACUGGCAAAAUUUGACCUUGGGCAUAGCCGCUCUCUCAGCCUUCAACAUCAUAUUUCUUCCAUUUCUGCCCGAAUCACCCCGAUUUCUUGUAACGAAAGGGCGUUACGAAGAAGCUCAAGCUAUUUUGGAUAGAUUUGCGAUUGAAGCUUCCGAUCAAGAUGGCGAGCCUCUAAUUGCUCCGGACAUAUCCCUUUUCGUAAUUGAAAAGCCACCGAAAGCACCUCCAAUUACUGACAUCCUGUUCUCAAAGUUUUUUGGCAAAGUUUUUAUCCUUACAAGUAUGGCAUACUUCGUCGUCAACAUGGUGUAUUACGGCUUCGGAUAUGGAGUCAAUAACUUGUCUGGAAGCAUCUAUGUGAAUAACGCAAUCAAUGGGGCCCUUGAAGCAGCUGCUUAUGGUUUUACCGCGCCGAUCACUGACGUAUUUGGCCGAAGAAAAUCUAUCGUAGCUCUUUUUAUAUUAUCUGGAGUCGCCUGUUUUGCACACAUGGGUGUACUCUUGACCAGCAUCAGCACCAAUGUCGCCGCCUUUAUUGGAAAGUUUGCGUCUUCAGCUGUAUUCUGCGCACUAUUCACAUUUUCUGCGGAGCUUUUCCCGACUGAAGUGCGAUCUAUGGGUGUGAGCAUAACGUCGAUGAUCGGUCGAAUUGGAUCGGUCGUAGCUCCAUUUCUAAAUAUGCUUAUCGAUAAACCAGGAUUUGAGUGGGUUCCACACACCACUUUUGCAACUUUGUCAAUCUUAUCAGGAUUUUUGCUUCUUUUUCUGCCAGAAACAAAAUCGCUGCCACUUUUUCAAACUGUUGAAGAAGCUGAGGAAUUUCAUGCAAGUGAAAAGAAGAAGAGAAAUAUCCCCAACUAG